CCAGACCCCCCUCCUCUUAGUUCAAAAUGGCGUCGCGCCCCGCGCGGGGGAGCGGAGCUUGAGGCGGCGUCAACAACAACAACAACUGGGGACGUGAAAACAACCACAACUCACGAGAUAAAACUCUCAAAAAUACGACACGAAUACCGCCCGACGCGGCGAAACUUCGCCGGUCGGAGGGUGCUGUCGCUGCAGAGGUGAAGAAAAAUACGAGCGGGAUAAAAAAAAUAAAAAAGUCACAGUUGGGUUGCGGCGAUAAUCAGAGGGCUCCGUCGUCGGUCGGGGCAGGCUUGGGCCUGCUCGCUCCUUUGAAUGCAUUAAUUACCAGAAGGCGUUCGCAGACGGCGCUGAAGCCAUGAGGCAGCUUGCGCCCCGGAGGUGGUAGCGUUCCACGGAGGACAUCGCCUACGAACGCCCCUCCCGUCCGUCCCGCUCCCCCUUCCCCUCUACCCCACGUCCCCCUUCACGCCCAACACCCAGACCCGAUAAAUAAAUGUCCGUACCGGGCGGUGUGACGACGGGAGCCGCCAGCGCCGCCGCGCCGUCACCCGGGGUUGAUGUCCGGCGCUUGCCGCCGACGCAGCCCAAGCCGGCACUGACGUACGCCGGUGCCCACCAACCUGUGAAGGUUGAAGUGGCCGACUACCGCGUACCGCAGCACCAGGACUUUGGCGCUUUCCACGCCGGGAUGGCGCGCCCCCAACCCGGGCGCCGGAGACCGUCCCUGCUACCAGAGUUCCACCUCAACCUCGACUGGUCGCCGGAUCAAAGGGGCCGGUUCGAAGAGCCGCCCUAUUUUUCUCCGGUGGAGGGAGACCUCGGAGUGAAGCGGCCACGCAUAGACAUGGGGCUAGAGGCUUGUUACCCCUGCCCUGAGCCGUUCCACGGCCGCUCGGAGCAUCCCGCGCGCCAGGUGGAGGUGAAAGAGAACGUAGCGGCGCUCAGCCUGAAGGUGGAGCCGGUGUCUCCGGCGGAGGAGCCUCCGGACGACACGGACGCUCCGCCCAGCCGCCUGACCAAGGAGGACCUGCUGCACAACAUGGAGCGCGUGGAUCGCGAGAUCAGCAAGGUGGAGCAGCAGAUCGCCAAGCUCCGCCAGAAGCAGGUUCAUAGAAGACCUGCAGCCGCUAUGGAGUCUACGUGUGCCACGAUGCAUGAGAUGGUGGAGGAGGCAGCAGCAGCAGCCAAACCCUCUAAGCCAGAACAAAACAUCUCCCCGGUGCCCUCGGAAGCCAAACAUCGCAGCAUCGUGCAGAUCAUAUACGAAGAGAACAGAAUGAGAGCCGAAUCUGCACACAAGAUCCUGGAGAGACUGGGACCCAAAGUGGAGCUGCCGCUGUAUAAGCAGCCGUCUGACACAAACCAGUACCAUGAGAACAUCCAAACAAACCUCACCAUGAGGAACAAGCUCAUCAUGUAUUUCAAGAGACGAAAUCAGCAGCGCAAGGUGAAGGAGCAGUUCCUGUCGGAGCGCUACGGGCAGCUGCUGCAGGCGUGGGAGAAGCGCGUGGAGCGCAUCGAGAGCAACCCGCGGCGACGCGCCAAGGACGUCCGCACGCGCGACUACUAUGAGAAGCAGUUCCCCGAGAUCCGCAAGCAGCGCGAACAGAAGGAGAAGGGGCAGAGGCGCAACCAAAAGGGAAACGGAUCGGCUGACGGCAGCGACGAGGAGGCUGCUGACACUGGCGACGAUCUGUCUGACCAAGAGGGCAGCGAGAAGCAGAUGCGCGACCUGGCGGCCGUGCCUCCGAGGCUGUUCGACGUCGACCAGCGACACGUGCGCUUCAUCGACAAGAACGGUCUCCUGGGUGACCCCGUGCGCGUGCACCGCGAGCGGCAGCUGCUCAACGUGUGGACCGAGCACGAGAAGGAGAUCUUCCGAGACAAAUUUGUUUUGCAUCCAAAGAAUUUUUCGUUGAUUGCUUCCUACCUGGAAAAGAAGACCGUCUCCGACUGUGUCCUGUACUACUACUUGACCAAGAAAAAUGAGAACUACAAGGGGCUGGUGAAGAAGAGUUACGGGCGCCGGAGGGGAAGGAACACGAUUCCCCGCUCACACCCAGAAGAGCGCGAUGACAAGGAAGAGCUGAAGCUGGAAAAGGAGGAAAAGGAUGACAAGGAGGCCGGCAAGGAUUCUAAGGAAGACCCAAAAAGCAGCAUCAGAGAGCGGGAGGAAGGCGGGGAGGAGGCCGGGGAGGAGCGAGAAGCCGCGCCGUCCCGCCGACGCAAGACCGCCAAUAGCCAGGGUCGCCGGAAAGGGCGAGUGACGCGCUCGACGGCCAAUGAACAGAGUGGGGAGGAGUCUCCCGUGAGCAGCAGCGGCGGCGGUGGUGGUGGAGUCGUCCAGCCAGCAAGCGAGCUCAGCACCCAGUCAGCUGCUGUCUCGGAAGCUGCAGAAGUUUGCCGUUGGACUGAAGAAGAGAUGGAAGUUGCCAAAAAAGGGCUGCUGGAGCAUGGACGCAGCUGGCCCGCAAUCGCGCGCAUGGUCGGCACCAAGACGGAAGCGCAGUGCAAGAACUUUUACUUCAACAACAAGCGGAGAUACAACCUGGACGACUUGGUUGAGCAGCACCGCUUGCAGACGUCGGACGGGUCCCAGGAUCGCGAGGCGUCGUGCGUGGGAGGCGAGAGUGGCUCCUCCAGCACCUCCGGGGCUCACGAGCAGGAGCACGACGGCGAGAGCGAUGGCGCCGGCAACCAGAGCUCGGACACUGAGAGCGCUCCGUCGCCACGACCUCCUGGCGGCGGCUCCGCCAAACCCACUUCUCAAGCCGGCCUGUCGGCGGAAUGGGCCCCUGGCGCUGCGACCCCGGGCGACGUGCCGUCUCUGGCCGUGAAGUCGGAGAAGGACGGCACCGGCGAGGACGUGGGACCUCGCGACGAGCGCCGCCGUGUCAAGGUGGAGGAGGAGGAGGACAAUGAUGAGGAGGAGGAGCCCGGGGAAGGUGGUGGCGACGCCAAGAAAGACGCUUCCAAAGAGGCGGUGCUGGCGGCGGCGGCGGCGGGGCACCGCGAGGGAGAGGUGAAGCCCGAGGGCAGCGCCCGGGCCGAGCGCAAGAAGGGCGAGCGCAGGAGAGGCCGCGACAGGGACAGGCAGAGGGGGGCCGAGGGCGCCUCGGAGGACGAUUCCAGCGCCACCUGCAGCGCCGACGAGAUGGAUGUCGAUGGCGACGAGUCGAGGCAAAGGCUGCUUGGCCCCAGCGCGAAGUCCGGCGUUGCGUCGCCGAAUAAAUCGGCGUUGAGCGGAGUGGGCGGCGUGGCGCAGGACCUGCAGCACAUGGUGCAGAGAGCGGCGGAGAUCCCGGCCAUGCUCCCGAUAUCGUACCUGCCCGGAGCAAUGGGGGCAGGCGGCAGCCAGGAUGCUUGGGCGCUGUACCAGCAGAAAAUUAUCAACGAAUACAAAGAUCCGAGCAAAGCGGGACCCAAGGACCUCACGAAACCCAGCCCUCAGGCGUCGUCGCCGCACAUCCCGCAUUCCAGCGUCCCACCAGGGUUGCAGCCGGUGCCUCAGCAGGCGUCGCCAACCGGCAUGGAGCCUCCGAGACCCACGCUGUGGAGGCCUCCCCGUGCCUCCAACAUCCCCUCGCCGCCCCCGCUCAUCCCCUCGUCCAAGCCGCACGGUGUGGCCGGCUCCAUCACACAGGGCACGCCAGUGAACUACCCGCCACCGGUGCCCGGGCUGCUGGCGCCUUACCAAGCGGCCGGCGGCGGAGGUCCCGGCGGCCCCAGCCCCAAAGGCUCCAUCUCCAUGGGGUUACCGCGGCACGCCGAGCCGGUCAAGCAUGCGACCCCGGACAGGAGUAUCUCAAAGGGGACGUCUGGACCAAAGGUCCUCCCAGACUCCAACUACAGAGGGUCCAUAACUCAGGGCAUCCCCGCAGAUGCGCUCUACAGGAUUCACCAUCCCAACUUGCGGGGCGACGACGAUGUCAUAUAUUCCGGUGUCGUGCAGAAGGCUCCCGAGGUGUCCAAACCGCCCUCGGGUUACCUGGAGGUAUCUGCCGGAGCCAAGCGCUCCUAUGACAUGAUGGAGGGUCGCUCGUCGGCUGCCACCCAGUACGAAGGUUUGAUAAGUCGCGCUGCGAUGAAGGACGAGAGCGGCCUGCGUCCCGCUAAGGACCGGCCGACUGCGCACGGAUCCAUCAUUCAAGGCACCCCACGGAGCGUGAUGGACGCCCAAGAGGAGUACGCCCAAAGGGAGGGCAGGCCGGUGGAUGUGAGGACUCAGUGGGCGACGUCCAUGGAGGUGCCCGGCACCAGGGAGCGGAACCAGGAGGCCGCGAGGGCUCUGCACGAGAGCCAAGCGUCGAUGCAUGUCAGGAGAACGCACUACGACGGUUCCAUCUCGCAGGGCACGCCGAUGAGAAUGGACGCGGGCGAGCUGAGGCACGACGUUCGCUCGCUCAUCGCGAGCCCGGCCCGGGCUGCCCGGCCCGACCCCGCCGCCGACUCACGCUCAGAGAGACACCGCGAGCAGCCCGACUCCCGCCGGCAGGAUGACAACCGCAGGCCGUACGACCUGAGCCGGCACCGCCCCGCCGACACUGGCGCGCAGUCGUCUCGUCGGACGCCCGUCAGUGGCUACCCGGGUUCCAUUUCCCACACGAGCCCAAGCGGCGGCACGCACGCCGAGAGCGGCGCGCAGGCAUCCGGGAGGACACCCGUCAGCGGCUACCCGGGGUCCAUUGCUCACGCGAGCCCCGGCAGCUCUCACGCGGAGAACCUGCAGGCAUCAGCAAGGGCGGCUAUGGGCUACCCCGGGUCCAUCUCGAGGGGCUCACCGGUCAUCGUUCGCGACUCCUCGUCUGCCAAACACUCAGAAGCUGGGCAGUCGGCAGGCCGUCCGUCGCCGCACGAGAGGAAGCAGAACUCGACGCCGCGCGAAAAAUCCCAAACGCCGACGCCGGAGAGGCAGUCGGUGGCCCAGAACCCGUACGAGUACCCUGUGAUCCGAGGCCCCACCCCGGAGCUCCACCGUGGGGCGCUGUCCCUGAGCCUGGAGCAGGCCCUGCACAGCGGGCUGCUCAUCGACCCCACAGCUUAUUACCUGCACCGGCAAAUGCAGGGCGCAUACUUCCUGCCACGGCACAUGGCCCCCGUUCCCGGGUACCCGUCCUACCCGUUCUUUCACCUGCCCGGCUACCCGGAGAACCCUGCGUUGGACAACACGCGGCAGACGAUCCUCAACGACUACAUCACGUCGCAGCAGAUGGGCUUGCCGCGCGGCAUGGCGCAGCGCGACCAGACCCUGCCCCCGCACUUCUCGCCCUUCAUGAGGACAGGCAUCAUCGACCUGUCGCAGAUGCCAGCGCACCCCAUGCUGGUGGGGACCCUGGGGGCAGCCGCGGCAGGAGCCUCGGGCCUCGAACGCUUGGCCUACAUCCCCGGCGGGCCGAUGCCCUUCGACUCGCGGGCCUACGCCGCCGCCGUCUCCGCCACGCAAGGCUCAUUGCCUCACAUGGUCCAGCCUUCGGCCCGGGGCGACGAGAGGGAGAAGGAGAGGGAGCGAGACAGGGAGAGGGAAAGCAGAGCUCAGCCGGUGCAGGAGCGCUCCCCGUCUCGCAAACAACAGGCGUCGGAGGCGGCCCGGCCGAUCGGUGGGGUGCAGCCGUCGAUCCGGACGUCGGCGUCGCCGCCCCCAUCCCCGAGGCAGAGGGGCAACGUGAUCCAGUCUCCCUCGGCGCACGGCCAGGGCGGGAAGAGCGUCAUCACGCUCGCCGAGACUCACGCCGCCGCGUACUCGCGGCAGAGGUCACCGUCCACCGGGAGCUACGCGAAUUACCCCGUCGCCUCCAGCACGCAGCGGCACGGCGACAUCAUGAGCGGCGUUGCCAGCGGCGUGGGAGAUCCCGGGGUGCAUAAACACACGGCCGGAGGCUUCGCGCCGCGUCAGCCCGACGUGGACGGCAUGGGCUUCAGGCCCCCGCACGACGUGCACCGGCAUCGCGACCGCAGGACCGCGGCCGACGAGGGCAGGAGAGACCCGGGCCUUUACGGGAAACAGCAGCAGCACCAGCAGCAGCACCAGCAGCAGCAGCAACACCAGCAGCAGCAGCAACACCAGCAGCAGCACCAGCAGCACCACCAGCAGCAGCACCAGCAGCAGCAUCAGCAGCAGCAGGCGAGCAUAGACCUCACAAAGCAUGCGGAAGGCACGAGGCAAGUCGAUGCCGGCCUGCCAUUCUCUGAUCAGAAAUCGCGCUCCAUCAUCAGCUCCCCGGUGGCAAAAUCCGCCGCACAGCACCACCAGCAGCACCAGCAGCACCACCACCAGCAUCAGUCGCAUGCUCCCAAGCAGCCGCAGCUCACAAACGUUUCGCCGCACCAGUACGGCACUAGCGGACCACAGCACUUCCCGCCGUUGAGCCAGGCAGCGGUGCCACCGCAGCUGGUGUCCAGCGCCCAGCCCGUCGUUUCGGCAAGCCCGCCGCACUUCAAAGUGGCCGGUGGCGGCAGUGGUGGCGGUGCGGGCAGCGACACGUCCAAGCCGGUGAACCACCAGGCGGUGGCGGCGGCUGCGGUGGUGGCAGCGGCUGCAGCGGCCACGGCGGAGAGGGAGGAGGCGCCAGAGAACCCGCUGUUCCUCCUGAGCCGAGAGCUGAAGACGCGAGGGCGGGCGACGAUGACGGCCGCCAACUUCAUCCACGCCAUCAUCACGCACCAGAUCUCGGGGGACAAGGACCGGCAGGAGGGCAGCAGCCCCCUCAACCUCGACUCCACCAGCACCGAGAUUUGUGAAACUCACAAUCCCGCUGGACUGAGAUGUGACCCGGAGGUGGCAGUACAGCAAAUAGAGUCGGCUCCGUCGAGCGGAUCAGAGCGCAGUAUGACCAACAGCCCAGGCGCCUCUCCCUCGCAAGCUCACGAGAAGGCGGGCGGACGCAAGGCGCACGCCUCUGCCCAGGCCGAGAAGAGUCAAUUUGCCGCGGACGAGCGGAGAGAGCCGACAUCGCAAGCCGAGAGCAACCCCAGCGCCAACGCGACGAGCAAGCCUCACACGUCGACGCACCGCGUCAUCACCCUGGCCGACCACAUCCACGAAAUCAUAACUCUGGACUACACAAGGAACGUGGGCCCCUACCCUCUGCACGCAUCUCAGCGUAGCCCUCGGCAGUCGCCCCCAGAGGCCCACAGCACUGGCAGCGGCAGCGGGGGGCCACCCCCGCUCGCCAGGGGCCAGGAUUCGCUGCCGGUGCCGCCCCCGAAACCGAGGGCAGGGGAGCCCAGCCCCCCGGAGUUGACGGCGGAGCAGCUGCCCUCGUCGCUGCCCUCGUCGCUGCCCCUGCGAGUUGUGCCCAAACUUGCCAACGACUCGUCGCCGAAACCGUCCUCCCGGAUGAGGAAGUCCCCGGACGAGAGCCAGGACUCCCCGUCGGGCUCGGAGGGCGGACUGGAGCCGGCGUCUCCGCCCACAAGCGCCAGCAGCGGUUCAGAGCAGCACGACAAGCCGCCUCCCGCCGGCAACGCAGCGGCGCCGGCGCCGGCACACAAGGAGCCGGUGCCCGAACACAGUGCUGCUCGGACCUCUUCGUCUGCGCGUGGCGCGAGCAGGCCCGACCCCCGAGGGCUGGCCUACUCUCCCGCCUUCUUCAGCAAGCUGACGGAGAACACGUCGGCGAUGGUGAAGUCGAAGAAGCAGGAGAUCUACCUCAAGUCCACGUCGACGCGCGAUGUCGGAGCCGGGCAGCCCGGCACAGAAAUAUUUCAGAUGCCCGCAACCCCCGUGUCAGAUCCGACCAACAACCUGGGCCUUGAGGACAUCAUCAGGAAGGCGUUGAUGGGAAGCUUCGAGGACUCGAGCACAGGCAGCAAGGGGAUGGGCCCCCACAUGUCCCCCGUGCCACCCGGACCACCCGCCCCUCCCACCCUGGAGCCCCGUCAGGACUCCGACAGCCGAGCGUCGCCCCUCUCUGGCUCGGGCCGACAAAAGCCCGGCGGCACCAAACCGUCGGCGCGCAGCAAGGCGUCCCGCUCGCCGGCCUACACAGAGCGGCCCCCGUCGGCGCCGUCGGAGGGACGCGGGCCCGCGGCCUCGCCCGCCCGCUCCGAGACGACGCCCGUGGGGCCGCCGCCGCCGGAGCAGCAGCAGCAGGACAAGAGACGGGCACCGUCGGCGUCGCCGGCGAGGGGCGACGGCGCCGAGCGGCGCACGCCCGGCGCUCAGCCUCCGGCCUGGGACGACAAGGUGACCGGCGCGGCCGCGACCACCACGGCGUCGGCAGCGGCGUCGACGACGGCGGCCGCCUUGUCCUCUGCCGCGGCGGCGCAAUUUCCCUUCAACCCCUUGAUGCUCAUGAUGGGCGGCGGCGGCGGCGGUGCAGGUGCGGCAGGCGCUGGUGGCGGCGGCGGCGGCGGCGGCAACGGCAGUGGCGGAAACGGCGCGGGGGCCAGCCCCCCCUCGGUGCAGACUCCCGCACAAGCCGUGCCGUCCCCUGCCACUGGGGGUGCCGCGUCUCCGGCCUCCCAACAGCAGCGCUCGUGGGACCGCGAGAAGCCGACGCCGCUGCUGUCCUCCCAGUACGAGACUCUGUCCGAUAGCGACGGCUGAGCGGGGAAGAACGCGGCGUUACCGAGAGGAGCCGCCGGUGACUUGAAUUUGAGCGACGAGGGCUGCCGCUCUGCUCCCGCCCCACCCUCCCCCCGCCCCCUGCUACCCACCUGCCCGCUCCCCCUCCCUCUUUCAUAUGCUCCCACCUCUCGCCGCAGCCCCGCGCGCCCGCGCCGUGUACGGUGGUCUCCUCCGGCUUCAAGUUUUUGACCCCAUGACGAAAAAAAAAGCUAUCGUUUGUGCAGCGUUUACAGCCAUUAAUUAUCAUCAGCCUUUAACCACGUCGUUUUAUUGGAAGAUGAAAAAGCAGUGUCUUAUGGAGGCGGAGACCGAAUGGUGGGGAACCUCUGCCACGCGUUUGCGCGCAAAAAAAAAUUAAUAAACUAGUCGACGAUGGGACUGAGAGGAGGACGUUGGGCAUCGGAUGGAAAAUAAUUCUUGUUGGCGGCCGUGCUGGAGAGAGAGAGACGAGAGUGAGACAGAGACGGCUCGUUUUGCAUGAAAGUAACGAGCCCGAGAGCUUGCGAGGGUUGAAAAAGGAAAAAAAAAUAUUGGAAAAAAAAUCUUAAAAAAGGAUGGAGAGAAAAAAAGUGUUUAUCGUAAGCAAAAGUUUGUAAAGUCAUCGUGAAUACAAGCAGAAGAGAGAGUGUGAGUGUGUCAUGCAGGACUCGAAUCAACGGGUUGGCAGUUGUUUGAGCCCUGGGGAGGUUUGUGCACUGGGUGAAGAGACAAAGAUUGACUUAAACAAACAAAAAUACAAAGCUUCCCCACUCCCCCAUUUUUAUAAAGUUUUACGUUUUUAAGAGUUUAAAAUAUAAGCAGAAUAAUUUUAAAACACUGAACUCUUGUAAAUAUGUUGAUACCACUCCCUGUGAUCAUAAAGGUUAAUUGUAAUAAAAUCUAAUGCUAUGUGUUUGUAUUUUUAGUUGUUCUGCAAGCUGGAAGGCUUACUCGCCUUUACUUUGUUGCAGUCACUUUUUUGGAUCUGAUUACUCGAUGCUGCAAGGGGGUUUAAGCUGGUAAUGUUUUUUUGUACGCUUACCGUUGCACGCUGUAGGAUAGACCAAAGCAAACCCACAACGUCGCGAUCGCAAAGUUCUUGCAACGACAGUAACAGCGGCAGAAACGGAUAUAUACCUUUGGCUUUCAGCUGGUAUUGUCGGCACAGACCCUGAGUUCGUACGAUUUUCUUCAUUUAGUGACUACUGAUGUUACCAGCAGUCUGCUUGGCAUUAAUACGACCGACGUGCAACUGGCAAAAAGUUGCCUCUCUUCCCGUGAUAGUAUAGACUCCAACCCCGCCAACCCCCCCAUCGGAGGAUGAAACGCGCGCUUCGAUGGCCGUGGUAACCGCGCUAAGAUGUAGGCGCGUGCUAAUUAAGCGCUCGUUAAGCCAAAUGUGAGUUUGAGUGAGGUCGAUUAGCGCAGAGGUGUAAUUUGAGUGAUGGGGGUUUGUGUAUCCCCGUGGGGUUCAGGCUUAAGGGGUUGGUGGUGGGGAGAGAGAGAGGGAGGGGGAAUUGGUUGUGGCGAGGAGGUAUCGUUGGGAAUUGGAGUCUGGGGAGUGGGGGAGGAGGAGGUGGCUCCUUCACGUGGUCCCCGCCGGCUUGAGAGAGGGGUUUUGUGUCGGGGUUUGUGAAGGACGAUCGAUGCGUUUAGACACCGGCCCUGGCAGAGCAGCAGGGCCACCGCGGGUGGAUGCAGCCUUAAUGCACCUCCCGAAUAUCACGGUUGGCUACGUACGGUGCGAAAGAAAGUUCAAAAUGCACGUACAUGCAACGCCGCACUUCGCUGGGACGCGACAGCAAUCGUACGUGCACACCUUGGGAACACACUCGGCUCAUCACGCAUGCAUCAACAAACACACAGACACACGCGGCGUCAUGAUUUGUUUGGGCCUUGUUUAAAAUCUGCGAUCAUAUUGUUAAGAGAAUAUAUAAUCAUGCCGUCGGUCAAAGUCUGAAUUCUAACUUUCACUCAACGCCUGGUGUUUUCUUUAGCAGGGGCGCGUCGGCAGAGUUUUAAUGAGAAACAUUUACAGAUGCCAUUCCCCUUUUGCGGAGUUUUUUUUUGGUUGGGGGGGUUCUUACUGGCGGCAGGCGACGGAAUGGAUGAUCACGCGUGUAACUUUGAGCCGCUUUAACGGCAAAAUGCAUCAUCAAGCAGCAGCAGCAUCAGCAGCAACUGCAGCAGCAAGACCUUUCGCGUUGACAAAUUUCGAGCGUACCCUUUUUUUCGUCCGUGCCAUACUGUAUUUGCUUCAUAUUUUGAAUAUUCGUUUGCACAUUGAAGUGUACCCGACGAACCAUCGCGCCUCGAGACGACACUCUAUUUUACAACGCAGUGACCCCUCCCCCGCAAGCCCCUCCCCUCCCCACCAUGAGAAACAGCAAAAAAAUACGAAAAAUUAACCCUCAUUUUGGCUCCUUGACCUGACGGACUGUGGACACGAAGCAGUGUUGUACGUGAUGAAAGCCUGUUUGUACAGUGUAUCCGCGCGCGCGCGCGUGUGUGUGUGUAUAUAGUGAAUGUGUGUUUACAAUUCUCUAAUUAUCUUAAAAGACACGUUGAACUCAAAACUUUAUUGUUUGAAGAGACAAUCAGUUUUUUGCAGAUGUUUUCUUUCGACUGUACAUCUGAUUGUAUACUCUUGGCCAAAUAUGCUUCGACGCAUAGAGUGCUUAACAUCAUUAACACCCCCCCACCCACCACCUUCUCUUCGGUUUGCAUUCACACACACACACUUGCCUGCAUGUGUUGAGAUGGGGGGGUGGGGGUGGUGGUGGAUGCGGGAGGAGGGGUUGUUGUACCGCUUUCAUGUUUUACCCCCCCCCCUCCUUGCUGUCCACGCAGUAAGGUGCAUACGCGUGCGCCUCUCAGAUAAAAAAAAACACUCUGCUAUUACAGUUGGUCACCAAAUGAGGAAAAUUAAAAUAAGUAUCUAUG